AUGCAAGCAGCGAACCGCCUUCAAAAAGCUCUCAAAACCGGCCAACCGAGCUUCGGUGGAUGGCAGAUGCUACCCGGUGCUAACUUGUCACGAGCCAUUGCACGCACUCCUGGUCUCGAUUUCGUCGUUGUGGACGGCGAACACGGCAAUAUCGCCGAUGCUGAUAUGCAUGACAGCGUGGCCGCAAUCGCUGCUUGCGGUGUCUCUCCAGUCGUACGCGUAGCCGAAGGACAGCACUGGAUGAUCAAGCGGGCGCUGGAUGCUGGCGCUCAUGGAAUUAUCGUACCGCUGAUUCAAUCUGUCGAGGAUGCCAAGAACGUCGUCAAGUACAGCAAGUUCCCGCCCCUUGGAAAUCGUGGGCUUGGAUCGCCUUUUGCGGCCGAAAAGUUCGCCCCUGGAAAGACCGGAGACAUAAAUGAAAUUAGCCUCAGUCAAUACUUCAAGGAAGCGAACGAUAGCAUCCUCGUCAUCGUGCAAAUCGAGACCGCCGCAGCUCUCGAGCAGAUCAAAGAGAUCGCAGCAAUAGACGGCAUUGAUGUUUGUUUCAUUGGACCAGUCGAUCUUGGCAACAGCAUUGGACAUCCACCAGAGAAUAUCGGAGUAUAUGCACCCGAACUUGAGCAAGCAAUCGAGAAGAUUCACCAGGAGACACAAGCUGCCGGCAAGUGGACCGGUAUCUACACUGGCAGUGGAGAACAGGCGAAAACGUUUGCGGACAGACGCUUCAACCUCAUCAACGUUGUGAACGAUGUCGGAGCCAUACGCAAAUCAUUCGCCGAGGCAGCAGCGGCGGCACGAAAGUGA